AUCGAGAUGAUCGUUUGUAUGAGACAUUGUAUGCUUUCAAUGGAUGCCUGUGUGUACUCUAUGACUACCGCACUUGUGCUCAUGUGUGGGUGAUGAAGGAAUAUGGUAUUAGAGAUUCUUGGACCAAGUUGGCCGUGGUACCUUAUGUGACUAGAGUAUCGAAUUUACAAUAUACCUUGCCAUUUUCCAUUUUUAAGAAUGGUGAAGUUUUAUUGUACACCCGUAAGCAUUUAGUUCGCUACAAUCCAAAAGAUGGCACAUUUACCUAUCCUACAAGUCCUAUUGAUUUAGCUUCUUCUGUUUUGCAUCCCUACAUUGAGAGCCUAGUCUCGGUUGACAUGGAUGCUGACAAGGGGGUUCCAUGCACACCAAUACUAAAGGGAAUAAAGGAACUGUGAACGGGAUGUGAUUAUAUUGUAGUUCUCGUGGAGUGAAGACUUGUACUUGCUUUGUGUAAAUAAGGCAAUGCUCAUUUAUUUGUUUUUGCAAUGUUAGCGGUGGUAUGGAUAUCUAGUACUUGCACAGCUUUGGAGGGGUACCUAUUUGUGUAAUUAUGGCUUGUCCACCCUCUUCAAUGGUUAACAAAGUUAUUUUGCUUC